UCAGGUGAGGUGGCCGUGAACUGCUGUCACCACUGAAAGGGCACUGUGGUGGGGUUUGCUCUGCCUGUGCCAGACUGAUGACUUCAUUGGACUGACUGGCACAGUUGUGUCAUUUCACUGGUGUUCGGAGAAGAAAUGGAGUGGACAGUGAGGCCUGAAGGUCACUUCUGUAUUCCAGCCUCUUUAUCUGCUUUAGUGUUGACGUUAAAUUCAUGGGUUCAGGGCAGCUUUGCCUGUUGCUCUUUGUGCUUUGGCAGCAAGGACUGAAAUCUCUGUUUGAGCUGGCAGCUGGCCCCAGCUCUGGUGCCUCUUGCAUGAUGACCUCUGUGUGGUUCAGAAUUACUUUCCACAGGUUUGGAAAGUGUCUUUGGACAAAGAGUGAGGGGGAUCCCCUUUUUAAAGGUGGGGGUGCUGUGUGAGCCUUUUGGUGUGUGGCAAGCCUGCCUUUCUGCCCCUCCAGUGCUCUCAGAGGUGUAAACCAGCUCCUUCCCCUCCUUUUUUCUCUUAAACUAAGCGUUGAGGAUCUUGUGUGACUUGCUGAUUGUGUAGUCUGUACCUCAGGAAGUGCUGCAGCUGGGUUGAUGUGCUGCAUUUAGGCACACCAGCUAAUUUUGGCACUUAGCAUGCCUGGUGUAACUACUUUUCUCCCAGGUGUAAGGUAAAAAAAAAAAGGAAAUAAAGUCUGGUUUCAAAUCACACCAGGCAAAUUCCAGCUUGGAAGACAGUAGGAGUAAGUGAAGGUCUGUGUGGGCUUUUUUUUCUGUUUAUACUUGCUUAAUUCUACUGUUGCAGUAGAAAGGGGUAAGUCCAUUGAUUAAUUAGGCAGUUGAUGGGUGUGAGGAACUGGUGCAGAACCAGCUGCUGGUUGGGAACUCCCUGGCAGGGGGAAAACAACCAAACCGUAUCCCAAGAAAAACAUGGAUCUGGAGCUCUGGGGUGGAGAGCCUGUAGAGAUAGAUAAGGAUUCAGCCCAGGAAAAUGCACUAAUUGAUAACUGCUCCAGAACCAGUGGGGUGGGAGAUAACUGUGCCCUGCCCUCUCCCAGAGAAUUCCCCAGGCUCAGCAGCCUGGCCUUGGCAACAGGGUCCAGCACAUUUGAUUUCCUCUGCUGAAACAGGGAUUGUGUCUACAGCAGCCUUUAAAUGAGAAGAGCUUUGAGCUGGAAAACGAGCUGCUUUUAGUCAAUAACAUUCUAAAUAUUCCUGUCCUGCAGUCCUGUUCCCCUGGGAUAACUGGGAUCAGCUGAAUUGUGAUUGUUGUUUGUUUCUGGUGACCACUGUGGUUGAUUGCUCUUGUUUUCAACAACAGCCUUGCUGAGUGCUUGGGGCAAAGUUGUGUUUUAAGUGACUCUCAUGACUACGUGAGAAGCUGCCAGCAGCAGGUCUGAGCUUCCACUCUCCUGUUCAAAAUGUGUUUCUAACCUGAUGCGUCGAGUGCUCGGGCUAGAAAAGCACUUUCAGGCGCUUCCCGCGGGGCUAGCGAGCAGCUGGGAGAGGAGCGCUGAGGAAGCCCAGGCCGGGGGAAGUUGAGAGGCAACUUUGAAGGCGAAGGAAGUCGGGGCUGGCGAAGGAGGCGCGGGCGCGCUCCGCGCUCCGGGAGUGGCCGCGCCGCCGCCGCGUCCCCGUGCUGCUGCCGCCGGCAGCGGCCGCGGCUGGAGGAGGAAAAGCCGCGUUUUCUGCUGCUCCGUGCCGCCUCAUUUCCAGCAGAAGAAGAAUGCCAACACGAAGAUGAAGUAGAGCAUUUCCUACGCUGGCCGCACGCUGGUGUCGGCUGGGUAGGGACGGGCUCUCGCUCUGGCCAAACCCAUUCCGGGGACAAGAUGAAGCCGAGGAGGAGCUUCCCGCCGCGCUGGAGCCGCAGUGACUGCUGCCCACUUUAAAGCCCAUGUGCCACCGUCCCUGGCGAGAUGAAAGAAGUGGUGCUGUGGUCACCCGAGGAGGUGGCCAGCUGGCUGACGGACAAUGCCGUGCCGGAGUACUGUGAGCCCCUGAAGAACUGCACCGGGCGGGACCUCAUCAACCUGACGGAGGAGGAUUUCAAGAAAUCCCCUCUGUCCCGGGUGUCUUCCGACAGCGGCCAGCGGCUCUUGAACAUGAUCGAGGGGCUGAAGAUGGCUCACCACAUGGAGGCUCACAAGAACGGCCACGCCAACGGGCACGUGCGCGCCGGCGAGGCCGCGCGCCAGAACGGCUUCGGCGCCGCGCUCAAGCUCAAUGGGGUCCCCAACGGGUUCAAGAAGGAGAUGAUCAAGAUCCCCAUGCCGGAGCCGGAGCGCUCGCAGUAUCCCAUGGAGUGGGGCAAGACUUUCCUGGCUUUUAUUUAUGCACUUUUUUGUUUUGUCUUCACCACGGUGACUAUCUCGGUGGUUCAUGAACGAGUGCCUCCCAAGGAGGUGCAGCCUCCCCUCCCAGAUGCAUUUUUUGAUCGCUUUGAUCGGGUGCAAUGGGCUUUUUCUAUUUGUGAAAUCAACGGCAUGAUCCUUGUAGGACUGUGGUUUGUCCAGUGGCUGCUCUUAAAAUACAAGUCUAUAAUUAGCAGAAGAUUUUUCUGUAUCGUUGGCACACUAUACCUGUACCGGUGUAUUACCAUGUAUGUGACUACACUCCCAGUACCUGGAAUGCAUUUCAAGUGUUCUCCAAAGCUCUUUGGAGACUGGGAAUCUCACCUGCGAAGGAUAAUGAAGUUGAUUGCUGGCGGAGGCUUGUCCAUCACGGGCUCCCACAACAUGUGUGGGGACUACCUGUACAGCGGCCACACCGUCAUCCUCACCCUCACCUACCUGUUCAUCAAAGAGUAUUCCCCACGGCGACUCUGGUGGUACCACUGGCUCUGCUGGGCGCUCAGCAUGGUGGGGAUGUUCUGCAUCCUCCUUGCUCAUGACCACUACACUGUGGACGUGGUGGUGGCUUACUACAUCACUACAAGGCUAUUCUGGUGGUACCACACAAUGGCCAACCAGCAAGUGCUAAAAGAAGCUUCCCAAACUAACCUCCUUGCAAGGGUCUGGUGGUACAAGCCCUUCCAGUACUUUGAGAAGAAUGUCCAAGGAAUUGUACCUCGCUCCUACCACUGGCCCCUGCGGUGUCCGGCGCUGGCGCGGGGCCGGCAGGUCAAGUACAGCCGCCUGGUGAGUGACACGUAACAGUGUCACCAGAGCCCCGAAAGGACCUGUCCCAAGUGCUCACAACUCCAAGAGAAGAUGCCAUAAACAAAAACCCACCGCUCCCUGACCCUUUCUUUAGCAGCUCCCUGGACCUGACCUGUUCAGUUACCUGGUAAGCACUGUGAUCUUUUUUUCUCUCCAAAGGAUCUGCGUUGGACAACAAUAAAGAGAAUUUAACUGAUCAUGCACUGUUACACAUUUCUUGUCGAUAGAGUUGGGAUUUGCAUUUGCCCAUCACCACGUUCCUUUGUAUAUGAUGCGACAACAUAGAUGAAAAGCUUUUAUAUCAUGAGUUCUGGUCUUUCCAGUCACGUCUGGGAACAAAGCAUAUUAUUUUCUUGGGAAAACAUACUUUUCAUAUCUCUUGCCCCAAAGAUUGGGCUGUAAGCCAUUUUCUAGCAAAUGACUAUAUGAAGGUUUCUAAAUAUCUGCCUUGGGUGAAAUCAAGAAAUCUUUCUACCUGUUGCACCGCGCUACGAAUAAGAUGAUAGACACAGAAAGGUUUGGUAAAUCCUGAUUUUGUAGAUUCUGCAGUGAAUGACUGUGUCAAAAAAGUGCAAAAAAACAAAAAAAAAAAAGAAAAAAAACCAAAAAAAAAGAGAGAAAAAAAAUGUAAAGUGAUUUUCUAAGUAUUUCCUAACUUUAUUUUUCAAAAUGUGUAUGAAAAAAAAAUUAAAUUUAAAAAGAUUUUUACAUGUCAGAGAAUAGAGAGUUAAAAAAAUUUAAAGAAGAUGCUUCUUGGGAGAGAGAGAGAUUUGUCUAUGUUUCUAGUGCCUUUCUUGUCUUGAUUGUAUGGUCAGUAGGCAGUCUUAAAUGUUUUUAUUUAAAAUAAAGUAUUCCAUGAAAGCAGAAUUAUAUAUACUGUAUAAUUACUAAUUUUUGCAUUUAUAGCUAAAUUAAACUGGAAAUUUGCUUAUAAUGUUAAAAAUUGCCACGUGUAGGGAAAAACCUCCCACCCCACCAAAUAAAAAAGGGUCCGACCUUGCUCACACAUUGUGGGCAGGUCAAGCUAAAAAAGUAUCACUUUAUUGUCUACUUGGUAGCUGGGUUUUACAAAGCAAAACAGCCAUGAAUUCCUGUUUUUUAAGAAUUUUACAAAUGAUCACUGAGUGAACUAUGAAUGGUUUCUCCAUCCCCUUCUCGGAGCGUUGUUGAAAAACAACAAAGAUAAUCUAUUUCUUUAAAAUGUUUGUGCAGAAACUGCAUGUAAUUCUAAGUUUCCACUCCUACCAUACAUACUGUAUGUUUGGGGAAGUCUCCUAUCCUUAAACUUGCCAAUGUGCAGAACAAAAAAUAGUUUUUAUAAAAAAAAAGAAAAAAAAGAACGAAGAAGAGAAAAAUAUAUAUAUAAAUAUAUAUAUAUAUAUAUAUCCAUUCUGUAUUUUACGUGAAGCAGAGUUAUCUUCUGUAGGUUUUUUGUGUAUUCACAAGGUGAUAUUUGUAUUGUAAAACAACAAUGGUGAAGGAAAAUAAAAAAGGCUUUUGAAAAA